AUGACGGAGAUAAUCAUGGACCAGAACCCUCCUAUUCUUCAGGGCCCUUCCGACAAGGAGAAGAAAUAUGAUCGACAACUACGAUUAUGGGCAGCUUCUGGACAGGCAGCCCUUGAGAAUGCCAAUUUGUUACUAUUAAAUUCUGGUUCUGGCACAGUUGGUGUUGAGACUUUAAAGAAUUUAGUUCUUCCAGGCAUUGGAAAAUUUACAAUUGCGGACGAACAACUCGUUAAUGAGGCUGAUUUGGGCGUCAAUUUCUUCCUUGAUGAAGAGAGUUUGGGAAAAUCAAGGGCAGAACAAUGUGUGAAACUUCUACAAGAGCUCAAUCCAGAUGUGAAGGGAGACUGGUUUCCAAAACUCAAGAACGAUAAACUAGACCAAUUGUUUACGGAAAACCAUGAAGAAAGAUAUACAUUAAUAAUAUAUUCAUUUCCAAUCGACCCUAGAAUCCUCGCACUUGCAGAGAAAUACAGCGCAUCGCACAAAGUGCCUCUCGUCAGCAUACACUCUGCAGGCUUUUAUUCAUAUUUUAAAACACAUCUACCAGGAAACUUCCCUAUUGUUGAUACUCACCCAGAUUCAACCGCAACAACAGAUUUACGACUUUUAAAGCCAUGGCCAGAACUUUCGAAUUUCGCAGCAGAUCUGACUAAAGACAUCGACACUCUUAGUGAUCAUGAGCAUGGCCACAUACCUUACUUAGUCCUGCUCUUGCAUUUCCUGGCAAAAUGGAAAGAAGAAAAUGGCUCAUAUCCGAGCUCCUAUAAAGACAAAACAGCGUUCAGGACGACUGUUACAAAUGGCACAAGAAGAAAUAAUGCCGAGGGUGGAGAGGAGAACUUCGAUGAAGCUGUUGCAGCUGUUAUGAAGAACAUAUCCGUACAAGAUCUGAGAAGUUCCGUGAAGGAAGUCUUCGAAUACCCACCAACCGAGGCAGAAUCCAAUUCUGAUUUUUGGAUCAUCGCUGAUGCUGUGAAAAAAUUUCAUGAGAAGCAUAAUGAGCUUCCACUUCCGGGAUCAGUUCCGGACAUGAAGGCUCAAUCUAGUACAUACGUACGACUUCAGAACAUUUAUAAAGCAAAAGCUCGACAAGACAUUCAGGAAAUACUAGAGACUAUCCGGGCACAUGCACGCGGUAAUGAGAUUAAAGCAGAAGAAGUAGAGGUGUUCUGCAAGAAUGCUGCUUUCAUCAAGCUUAUCCGAGGCUCGGAUCCGACAACAGAUCUACAAAAAAUAGCAAAUUCGGAAUCUGAAAAUGAUGCAAACGCUCCUCUCACGAUGAUGCCAUUAUCAAACUUCCCUAUUUACUUGGCUCUUCACGCAACUGCUCAUGUACCAGCAGCUACUUCAUCUGAGAUCUUAGCCCAAAUCGACAAAGAAGUGCCGAAUGUAUCCUCUAAUCCACGUGUCAAGAAAGUUGCUGAAGAAGUAUCACGAGCCAAAGGAGGUGAAUUACACAACAUUUCUUCGUUGACUGGGGGUAUGGUUGCACAAGAAAUCAUCAAAAUUAUCACUAAACAGUAUGUACCGAUCGACAACACAUGCAUAUUUGAUGGUAUCACGAGUAGGGCACAAGUUUUGAGGAUCUAA